CGCAACUCUGAACGGGCGGGCGCAGGCGGACGUGUAGUUAUCCGGGUGUGGCAGUGCUGCCAACAGGCCCGAGGCGCGCAGCGCUGCCAACAGCACGCGCAGCGGCCGGCCUUGACGCGCGGAGCGAGGAGAGCGAGGAGAGCUAGGAGACAGGGCAGGCGGCUGUCACUCGCAGUUGCACGAGGCGCGACGGUGCGGUCGGACCAGGAACUACUGCGCGCUGCGAUGGACGGUGCGACGACUCAGAGCAAGGAGGACGCGGCGGCGGCCAGGAUACAGGCUGGAGUGCGCGGCUACCUGGCUCGCAAGAAGCUGCAGCAGGAGCGGGACGCCGCCACCAAGAUACAGGCGGGCUUCCGAGGCUACAAGACCCGGCAGGCGGCCCAGCAGUGACCGGCGAGGACAUCACACGCCCAGCAUGCACCGCGGCGCCAGCCUGCUCCAAGGCCACCCCUCGUCGAGCCCAGUGAACACCUGCGUGCAUUGUGUUCGAUCGUGUGCCAAUAUUGUAGGGGCAACCAGCGCAACAGCGAAAAUAAGUGUGUGAUUUUUUUUUAUUCUAAGGUAAAGUAGUAAUAAUUUUUUUUAUUGUUACACCUUUGAUGUAUACAUAUAUACAUAUAUGUAUUAUGUAUGUAUAUAUACUAAUAUAUAAACAUUCUUUUUCUAAUUAAAAAUUUGUAAACUAUAAUUUUUAUGAAUCCUGGAAUGGGUUCGCAAUUAUAUACUUUUCAGAAAACUUCCGGUUGAAAAAAAUUACCAAUGUAUAAACACACAGAUAUUAUUAAUAAUACAAUCUAACUUAUACAUAUGGAUUUUUUCAUAACAAGAGAUAUUUCCUUUACUCUCAUUUAGUAAGUAUUUGCUAUGACAAAAUGAACGUGUAUGAGGGAGCACUUAAAGAAUGCUGCCUGGUUUUGUCACGUUGGUAUACCAGCGAGAAUUUAAUUGCUUGCAAAAUGUUUAUACGAGGAAAAAUAAUCACCAUUUACUCAAACAAAGUAUCCUCUUUUUCCUCAUGUUACGUUAUGUUCACGUACAUGAACAACCUGUUCGGAAGAACGGCCAUGAAAGUGGACGCCCGGUUCUGUUGCCGGCAGUGUUAGAGCGUGACCUCAAUCCUGCUGGAGAACUUCACGCUGAGUGACGUAAUGUCUUUUAUAUAUUCUUGAUUUAAAAAAAUUGAAUUAUGUGGAUUCGUUUGGACUUAAAAAUUCAACUUCAAGCAGGAACUUUAAUAGACUGAAAGUUGUAAAUCACCGAUUAGGAAUCAUGUGUGUGUUAAAAAUAAAUUAACAAGAUUAUAUUUUAAAGUUAUUUACGUA